UGUCCGCUGAGCCGUAAUGGCGUCAGUGACGCCGCGCGAUAGCCGUUGGCGUUGGUAAGGAAAAGCUUGAGGAACGAGGGCGGACUCAGGGAAGAAGUUUCCGGGUUUCUCUUCCUGGGCUGGGACAGAAACGACAGGCAAAAGGAUCUGUUUGAUUAACUAUUUCUCAAAGUUACGCACAGGACUAUCAGACGUCCCAUAAAGAAUAGCCAUGUCACAGUCUGGAGAAAAAGGGAAGUUCCCAGAUGCAGCAGGUUACGUAGGGUUCGCAAACCUUCCAAACCAAGUUCAUCGAAAGUCAGUGAAAAAAGGGUUUGAAUUCACCCUGAUGGUGGUAGGGGAGUCUGGUUUGGGCAAAUCAACACUUAUUAACAGCCUGUUUCUCACUGAUCUCUACCCUGAACGCUAUAUCCCUGGUGCUGCAGAGAAGAUUGAAAGAACGGUGCAAAUCGAAGCAUCCACUGUUGAAAUUGAGGAGAGAGGGGUGAAGCUUCGUCUCACCGUGGUUGACACCCCUGGAUAUGGUGACGCCAUCAAUAGCCAAGACUGCUUCAAGACCAUCAUCCAGUACAUUGACAAUCAGUUUGAACGAUACCUCCAUGAUGAAAGUGGCCUGAACAGAAGACACAUAGUGGACAACAGGGUGCACUGCUGCUUUUAUUUUAUUUCUCCUUUUGGACACGGUCUAAAACCUCUGGAUGUGGAGUUUAUGAAGGCCAUCCACAGCAAAGUCAACAUAGUUCCUGUCAUUGCAAAGGCGGACACACUGACACUGAGAGAGAGGGACCGCCUUAAGAGAAGGGUCCUGGAUGAGAUUGCUGAGCACGGGAUCAAAAUUUAUCAGCUACCUGACGCUGACUCUGAUGAGGAUGAGGAGUUCAAGGAGCAGACCAGAGUUCUGAAGGCAAGCAUUCCCUUUGCUGUGAUUGGAUCCAAUCAGCUGAUUGAGGUGAAGGGGAAGAAGAUCCGAGGUCGCCUUUAUCCCUGGGGAGUAGUAGAAGUUGAAAAUCCAGAGCACAAUGACUUCCUCAAAUUGCGCACCAUGCUUGUGACCCACAUGCAAGACCUCCAGGAGGUAACUCAGGAUCUGCAUUAUGAGAACUUCCGCUCUGAGAGGCUGAAGAGGGCGGGCAGAGCUGUGGAUGAGGAUGUGGUGGAUAAGGAUCAGAUUCUGCUACAGAAAGAGUUGGAGUUGAGACGCAUGCAGGAGAUGAUCGCUCAGAUGCAGGCUCAGAUGAAGAUGAAAUCGGAUGAGUGACAUGGUCCAAGCUGAAGGGAAGCACAGUGAUCUUAAUCCAGCAACACACUUGCAUACACAGUUAUAC